UGUUAUUGUGCCAGAAUUGACUCUGAGUUUAAAUAGUUUGGGUUUUACCCCCGGUGCUUGAUCUCUUGAUACGGUUGCAGCUUUUUUAGUUUCUGUUGUAGGGUGGACCCUGUGUUUUCGUGAUCACUCAAUAGCCUUUCUCUGUAGAUGUUCCAGCUUGGCUUAAUUUAUCUUGCGCAGGGAUGACCAAGACAAUCAACCUGUCUCAGAGACACAGCAGUGCUUUUGCAGCUCGUGUUAACACUUCCACUGUGGAGAGCACAGUUCUGUAGUCCAGGCUCCCCAGCAAACGCAUACUCCAGAAGCCCUCUGCCUUUAUUUACGCUGAUCAUUGUGCCACUGAGACAGAGCUUUGACCAUAAGUCAUAACUAAAGAUGCCACUCUUCUUCCGUAAGAAGAAACCCAGCGAUGAUGCUCGGAAGCGCCUUGAAUACCAAAUGUGCCUGGCAAAAGAAGCUGGUGCUGAUGACAUUCUUGACAUAUCCAAAUGUGAACUCUCAGAGGUUCCUUAUGGGGCCUUUGCAACUUGUAAAGUCUUGCAAAAAAAGGUGCUGAUUAUUCAUACGAAUAAUCUGACAUCUUUAGUUCCAAAGUCCUGCAGCCUCCUGAGUCUUAUAACCGUGAAGGUUCUAGACCUGCAUGACAACCAGCUGGCAUCGCUUCCUGCUGAUAUUGGUCAGCUGACAUCUCUUCAGGUCCUAAACCUUGAAAGGAAUCUUUUAAAAUGUCUUCCACAAUCUAUAGGAGACCUUGCCCAGCUCCAGAUGCUCAAUCUGAAAGGUAACAAGCUGAAGGAGCUGCCUGCUACCAUGAGCGGCUUGCGGAGUUUGCGCACUCUGGAUAUCAGUGAGAACAUGCUGCAAGAGCUGCCACGGGUGCUGGCUCACAUCCGCACGCUGGAGACGCUGACCUUGGAUGCUUCUUCCAUGACCUACCCAUCACCUGAUAUUUGCAGUGCAGGUACAGAGUCCAUUCAGCAGUUCCUCUGCAAAGAAUGUGGAAUUGCAUACUACCCUCCCUCGCAGUAUCUACUCCCCACGCUGGAGAGUGAUGGAGGAGGAACAUCAGUGGAUGGGCUGGACAGGGCAGUGCAUAAGUACUUGGAGGAGGAGAGCGAGUGGCAGAACAAAUUCUUGGAUUAUGAGAAGAGGAAGGAAAAAAAAAUGCAAGAGAAGCUGGAAUUUGAACGGCGCCUGAACAUGGGGCAAAGAGAACAUGCUCUGCUUGUUCAGCAGAUCAACAGUCAGAAGGAUGAGAUACUGCAGACAGUGAGAGAAGACCAGAUGAAGCUGGAGGAGGGUCUGACGAAGCACCAGCGCUAUUUGGAGCAGGAACGCCUGAAGCUGCUGCAGCAGUUGAAGCAAGCGGAGCAAGGCAUUGCCAGCCGUAUCCAGAAGCUGCUAGAGGACAACAAGAGGCAAAAACAAAGUUCAGACAUUCUGAAAUCCUUGGAGAAUGAGAGAAUAAGGAUGGAACAGCUGAUGGCAAUAACACAGGAGGAGACGGAGCAUCUACGCAGAAAGGAAGUGGCCUCUGCCAUGCAACAAAUGCUGGCUGAGAGCUACAAGAACAAGCUCAUCCAAAUGACCUACGAGUCUCGUCGGCAAGACCUUGUCAACCAGGCCUGCUCCAGCCUAGCUGAGAUGGACCAGAAGUUCCAGCAAAUCCUGGCUUGGCAACAGCUGGAUCAGAACAAAGCCGUUAGUCAGAUCUUGCAGCAGAUUGAGAUGCAGAAAGCUGCCUUUGAAGCUCUCCAGGUGAAGAAGGAUCUUAUGCACAGGCAGAUCAGGAACCAGAUUAAAUUAAUAGAAACAGAGUUAUUGCAGUUGACACAGCUGGAGUUAAAGAGGCAAGAACUGGACACAGAGACGCUGCAGGGGACGAUCACAGAGCAACGCCAAGCACUCGGCUACCUGCUGCAGCAGCUGCUCAAAGAAAAGAAGCAAAGGGAAGAAGAACUGCGACAAAUACUGCUGGAAAUGGAGGCAAAGAGUGAAACAAAACAGGAGAACUACUGGCUGAUCCAGUACCAGCGUCUGCUGAACCAGAAGCCCCUCUCCCUCAAACUCCAGGAAGAGGGCUUGGAGCAGCAGCUGGUGAACCUUUUAAUCGAGCUGUCUGCUGAACAGUACGUGCCAGUCUUUGCACACCACCGAAUAUCCUUGCAAGCACUCAGCACCAUGACUGCCAGUGACCUGGAAAAGAUCGGCGUGACAGAGACUGGCCUGCAGCGUGCCAUCCUCAAGCGAGCUCAGGAUAUCCUGGCUGUGGCCAAGAUGAUCCCAGAGCUGCUGAGGACGGUGGAUGCUGAGGUCCUUGCAGCUCCAGAGCCCAGCACUCCCUUUGAGGAGCCUCCUAGCCCUAUGGUCCUGAUGGCUCCCCCGCUGCAGUGGGAGGAGAAGAAGUCGGAGUGCGUUGUCUGCAUGGAGCAGGAGACCCAGAUGAUUUUCCUGCCCUGUGGCCAUGUCUGCUGCUGCCAGACCUGCUGUGAGCAGCUGCACACUUGCCCGCUGUGCCGCAAGGACAUCACACAGCGCAUCCGCAUCUUCCACAGCAGCUAGACAGGGUGGAGGAUGGCGAGGCUGCCCAGCACUGCCUCUGUCACCCCUUCCUGGGGUGAUGCCCCUCUCCUACUCUGUGUCAGUAUUAAACAGACACUUGCACAGCAUGACCAGCACUGCUCUCCCCGUGCACAGCCCCGGGCUGGCUGCCAGCUGUACCCAGGAGUCUCAACAUCCACCAUGUUCCCCGAUGGCUUCUAAGCCUCUGCCUUGGGUUCCCUCUUCAUCUGCAUCCCCUCCUCCUGCCCACCCAGCAUCGUCUUGCCUGGGAGCACUGGGUGAUGGAACUGGGUGCACCUGUGGCCCCUCCUUUCUGGCUAAUGUAUUUGCCUUCAGAAAUGCCCCUCACUCAGCAGGGACACAGUUAAUGCCAUCUCUGAAGCCACCGUGACCUUGCAGCUCCCCUGCUGUGGCCGGGAGCACUGCCGUGCUCCUGCAUCGAGACCUGUUGCCCAGAGGUGGGUGAAUCUCCUGUGGGAGGACUCAGCCAGGGGCUUGCGAUGCUCUGGGGUGCUGACAGUGCCUUGCACCUAUGUCAUGACAAAGGUCUGGGGCUUCUGUUGUGGAGAUCCACAGGAGUGUGUUUGGGGCUGCAGCCAUGGGCAGCAGGUGCCAGAGCAGAGCGAGGAGCUCUCUGACCCCAAAUUUGUGCUGGUGUUGUAGGGGAGAGUCUGCAACGGCCCCAGCUCCAGGACUUGAGGGACUCACUCAGGCCAGAGGAGGCCAGUGGGAUCCCUCAUCCAAAAAACACACGCUGGGAGCAGAAAGUGUUGCUGCCACCUGACAGCCAGCACAAGUCCAGCAGUGAGCGGGUGGGCUGGGGCUGUGCCUGGCGCAGCUCUGCAUUGCCUCUGUGCAUUGGCAUGUGGGUAGGUCUCCAUCGACAUUAAUAAGUAACAA